AUGGGCCGAAAAUAUAAGAGAAAAACUGAUAAACAGCGGGAUCCUACCGUCUUUGAAAAUGCACUGAUGGAAGUUAAAGAGAAGGGUGCUUCAGUAAGGGUUGCUGCUGCACUGCCUAUUGUUGACCAGACUUUUCGAUUAGCAAGUUACUCUGUUAGACAAGUACUAACUCCAAACAAAGACUCCUCUAAACUGUUUCAUGGUUUAUCUACCAACACAACAAAACGGCUGGCAUAUGAAUAUGCUGUUGCUAACAAAUUUAGUGUUCCAGAAUCAUGGGCAAGGGAUGAAUCUGCUGGAAGAGAUUGGUUAACUGGAUUUCUUGAAAGACAAGGGGAUCUCUCUCUAAGAACACCUGAAGCAACAAGUCUGGCUCGGAUGACAAGUUUUAAUAGAACUAACCUUUGCAUUUUUCAGACUAAACUAGAGGGGGUUCUACAGCGAUAUCAGUUAUCAGAAUCAUGCAUCUAUAACCUGGAUGAGACAGGAUGCACAACUGUACAAAAAGUAUCAAAGAUUAUUACACAGAAGGGUGUUCAUCAAGUUGGGCAGGUAACUUCACGUGAGCGUGGUGAGCUAGUAACAAUGGUUGGCAUUAUAUGUGCCAAUGGAAAUGCCCUGCCUCCAUGUUUUAUAUUUCCACGAGUGAGAUUUGAUGAAGCUUGGAUGAUGAACGGUGUUCCACCAGCAUGCAUGUUCAUCCCAGCGGGUGGAUGA